CGCGUGCGCUGAAGUCUCUACUAACGCUCCGCAGCGUCUGUGGUGAUUAAGCUUUCGUCUGGGCAGCCGCGUGGUCCUGGGGAUUUGUUCCGGGCUCAUUCUUCCCUCAUCACCACCGCAGCCGUGACUGACUGAGGAAACAUCUAGUCUUCUUCCUGAUGGAGUUCUUUUCUCGGUAGUCCACCUCAACUCACCUUCGCAUCUGUAGACUUAGUCACAUCAGGGAUCACUCUCCAGCCCGAGGCAGGUAGUUUGUAGAGGAUGCCCCAUGAGGAAAUCCCAAACUCACCUCAACCCCAGGAGCAAGACUCUUCCCCAAGUCAGCAUGUCAGCGCUUUUGAAGACAUGCCAGUUGGACAGGAGAGUGGUGGGGACGCAGAGGCUGGGGAGUGCCUCUCUAUGUCCUGUGAGUCUGGGCCUUCCACAUCUGCUGAAGCUUGUGUGUUGGCAGCCACAAGGCGAGGGGCACCCCUGCUACACAUUGAUCGGCACCAGAUCCCUGCAGUGGAGCCCAGUGCUCAGGCCCUGGAGCUCCAGGGCCUGGGUGUGGAUGUGUACGACCAGGCGGUCCUGGAGCAGGGCGUGCUUCAGCAGGUGGACAGUGCGAUGCACGAGGCCAGCCGUGUGGCCCAGGUUGCCGAUGCGGAGAAGGAGUACCAGUCAGUCCUGGAUGACCUUAUGUCAUGUACAACAUCCCUGAGGCAAAUCAAUAAAAUUAUAGAGCAACUUAGCCCUCAAGCUGCCACCAACAGAGAUGUCAACAGGAAACUAGAUUCUGUGAAACGGCAGAAGUAUAACAAGGAACAACAGCUAAAAAAGAUAACUGCAAAACAGAAACGUCUUCAGGCCAUCCUUGGAGUGGCCGGGGCCCAAGUGGAACUGGAUCCUGCCAGCCUGGAGGAGGAAGAUGCAGAGCCAGGGCCAUCAUGUCUUGGCAGUAUGCUCAUGCCUGCCCAGGAGGCCGCCUGGGAAGAGCUUAUCCGCACUGGCCAGAUGACACCGUUUGGUACCCCAGCCCCUCAGAAACAGGAGAAAAAGCCUAGAAAAAUAAUGCUCAAUGAAGUAUCAGGCUUUGAAAAAUAUUUGGCAGACCAAGCACAACUGUCUUUUGAAAGGAAGAAACGAGGGGCUAACAGAAGAGUAGCUAGAAAAAACAUGGUCGUAUCUGAGUCAAGCGCAGGACCAAAUGAGACCAAACCAGACCAGAGAAACCAAGGCCUCUGCCAAGCAGAUAAGCGCUUGAAGAAGCAUAUCCGGAAGCUCCAGAAGAGGGCGCUGCAGUUCCAGGGGAAAGUGGGGUUGCCACGGGGCAAGAAACCUCUGGAGCCUGCGGGGAGGCUGGAGGCAGAGGAAGACACUGAGGGGGAACAGUCUGGGUCCUUUCCCUCUGAUGGGGAGGAGGAAGAGCAAGAGGAGGAGGAAGAGGUGGCCAAUCUGUCUUCCGACGACAUCAGCUAUGAACUUAAGCCUCUGCAGAAGGGCCAGAAACGCCAGAAGAAAACCCCAGUGCAGGAGGUUGAUGAUGACUUUGUCCCAAGUUCUGGGGAAGAAGAUGAAGCUCUGGAAGCAAGAGGAGGCGGUCGCAAGGUAGCGAGGUGCCCCGACGAUGGUAAUGAAGAUUAUUAUAAGCAGCGGUUAAGGAGGUGGAAUCAGCUGAGGCUGCAGGAGAAAGAGCAGCGCCCGAAGCUGGACGAUGACUCUGAGGAAAGUGACGCCGAAUUCGAUGAAGGCUUCAGAGUGCCAGGCUUCCUCUUCAAAAAGCUCUUUAAGUAUCAGCAGACAGGUGUUAGGUGGCUGUGGGAAUUGCACUGCCAGCAGGCAGGAGGAAUUCUGGGAGACGAAAUGGGAUUGGGCAAGACCAUCCAGAUAAUUGCCUUCUUGGCAGGUCUGAGCUACAGCAAGAUCAGGACUCGCGGUUCAAAUUACAGGUUCGAGGGACUGGGCCCCACUAUGAUUGUCUGCCCAACGACAGUGAUGCACCAGUGGGUGAAAGAAUUCCACACAUGGUGGCCUCCAUUCAGAGUGGCAAUUCUGCAUGAAACAGGCUCCUAUGCUCACAAAAAGGAGAGGUUGAUCCGAGAUAUUGUACGUUGUCAUGGAGUUUUGAUAACCUCUUAUUCCUACAUCCGACUGAUGCAAGAUGACAUUAGCAGACACGACUGGCACUAUGUGAUCCUAGAUGAAGGACACAAAAUUCGAAAUCCAAAUGCUGCAGUCACCCUUGCUUGCAAACAGUUCCGCACGCCUCAUCGGAUCAUCUUGUCUGGCUCACCCAUGCAGAAUAAUCUCCGAGAGCUGUGGUCACUCUUCGACUUCAUCUUCCCAGGAAAGCUAGGCACAUUGCCUGUGUUUAUGGAGCAGUUCUCUGUCCCCAUCACUAUGGGGGGAUAUUCCAAUGCUUCCCCAGUACAGGUUAAAACUGCUUAUAAGUGUGCAUGUGUCUUAAGAGACACCAUUAACCCAUACCUACUGCGGAGAAUGAAGUCAGAUGUCAAGAUGAGCCUUUCUUUGCCGGAUAAAAACGAACAGGUCUUAUUUUGCCGUCUAACCGAUGAGCAGCAUACAGUCUACCAGAAUUUCAUUGAUUCCAAAGAAGUUUACGGGAUUCUCAAUGGAGAGAAUCAGAUUUUCUCUGGACUUGUAGCUCUGAGGAAGAUCUGCAACCACCCUGAUCUCUUUUCGGGUGGUCCCAAGAAUCUCAGUGGUCUUCCAGAAGAUGAACUAGAAGAAGAUCAGUUUGGUUACUGGAAACGUUCUGGGAAAAUGAUCGUUGUUGAGUCUCUGCUGAAAAUAUGGCAUAAGCAGGGUCAGCGAGUGCUGCUGUUUUCCCAGUCGAGGCAGAUGCUACACAUACUGGAAGUGUUCCUGAGAGCCCACAAGUAUUCCUAUCUCAAAAUGGAUGGGACCACUACCAUAGCAUCAAGACAGCCAUUGAUUACAAAAUACAAUGAGGACACGUCCAUCUUCGUCUUUCUUCUGACCACACGGGUGGGUGGCAUAGGAGUGAACUUGACCGGGGCCAACAGAGUCAUCAUCUACGACCCUGACUGGAACCCCAGCACCGACACACAGGCCCGGGAGCGAGCAUGGAGGAUAGGUCAGAAGAAACAGGUGACUGUCUACAGGCUCCUGACAGCCGGCACCAUCGAGGAAAAGAUCUACCACCGACAAAUCUUCAAGCAAUUUUUGACAAACAGAGUGCUAAAAGACCCAAAACAAAGGCGCUUCUUCAAAUCCAAUGAUCUUUAUGAACUGUUUACUCUGAGUAGUCCUGAUGCAUCCCAGAGCACUGAAACGAGUGCUAUUUUUGCAGGAACUGGUUCCGAUGUUCAGACACCCAAAUGCCAUUUAAAAAAAAAGACUCCACCAGCCCCAGAAACAGGUCCCAAAUGCAAGAAGGUCUCCAUUUCUGACACAUCUUUAAACGGUGCCAUCCUGACUCAAGAAAAAUCUAAGUCAAUGGGGGCAGCAGAAAAUGCAACUUGUAGAGAAAGUGGCCCUUUGAAGAGCGACUGUCACCCGAGUGUGAGCAGAACUAGCAGUGUUGUUGCAGUUGGAGAAAAGACAGGUGCAGGGUCCGAGCUGGAGCAGCUGUCAGUGAUGAGUGGAGAUGGGAAGUGUUCAGAUGUUCCAACCGUGGACCAAACAUCCGGGCCAUCUGGUGAGGCGAGCACCAAUGAGAAGCAGGGUCCUUCCUACAAAGGGGAAUGCUGCCAGGUUCAGCCAGAACCUGUUUGCGGGAGUGAACGAAUGGAAGGGCAUUUUUAUAAGCACAAAUCAAAAAGGAAACAUGAUGUAGCGAAAGAAGAGACCCCAGAGAAAUGUCUGCAGUCCAAGCAAAAGAGCAAGCACACCAAGCAUUGUAGAGAUGCCAAGUUUGAAGGAACUCGGGUCCCACACCUAGUGAAGAAAAGGCGAUACCACCAGCAGAACUCUGAGAAGGCGAGCGAGGCUGAGGAACGAAGCAGUGAUGACUAUGUUUUGGAAAAGCUUUUCAAAAAAUCAGUGGGAGUGCACAGCGUUGUGAAGCAUGAUGCCAUCAUGGAUGGGGCCAACCCGGAUUAUGUGCUGGUGGAGGCCGAAGCCAGCCGAGUGGCUCAGGACGCCUUGAAAGCUCUGAAGUUUUCUCGGCAGCAAUGCCUGGGCGCAGCAUCUGGUGUUCCCACCUGGACUGGCCACAGGGGUGUUUCUGGUGCACCAGCAGGAAUGAAGAACAGGUUCGGUAAGAAGAGGAACUCCAACCUCCCUGUGCAGCGUCCUUCAUCACGAACAGAAAAGUGUCAGAACACUGUGAAAAAGGAGGGGAAAGCUUCCGCCCCUGAGCACUUCAGUGGCAGAGAAGAUGGAACUUCUUUGUCUGGAGCCCCCAGUUCCUCCUCACUCCUGGCCAGAAUGCGAGCAAGAAACCACCUCAUUCUGCCAGAACGCUUGGAGAGCAGCAGCGGACACCUCACCGAGGCUGCUGCCUUGCCUCCCUCCAGCACAGAACAUGAUGACCUUCUGGUGGAGAUGAGGAACUUCAUUGCUUUCCAGGCCCAGGUGGAUGGCCAGGCCAGCACUCAGGAGAUCUUACAGGAGUUCGAAUCCAAGCUGUCUGCAGCACAGUCCUGUGUCUUCCGAGAACUACUGAGAAAUCUGUGCAAUUUCCACAGAACUCCUGGUGGUGAAGGGAUUUGGAAACUGAAGCCAGAAUACUGCUGAACAGCAAUGCUUCCUAGACCUUUUCAAAUGGAAAUCUCGGCUCACCAAUCCUGUGAUUAGUGAUGGGGUGUGUGUGUGUGUGUGUGUGUGUGUGUGUAAGCAUAAGGGCAUGGCUGCAGAAAGUGUUUACUGUGUUAUCUACCUCAAGGCUAAAACUUGAAGAAGAAAAUACUUGGAGAGCUUUUUGUUUUGUUUUAUUUUGUUUUGGUGGCACAAUGAAUUAUGUUAUAAAACCAGGGACCUAACAGUUGCUUAUUGGAACAAAUGUGUUUCUUAAUCCAAAAGAUGCUUUCAGGGAGCACACUCUACUUGAGGAUAGAAACCUCAGUUCUUACUGGUGCUGGGAACAUGUCUUCUGUUUAUCCCACCCUUGCCCAUAUGUCAUCUGGUCACCUCAGUACCUUGAUAGAGAACUGUAAAUGUUUCUGUCCCAUGGCCACAUACAGAAAGAUAUUUGUUACCUGUCAAAUCAUUAACUACCUAUAAAUAAUUCUCUACAACACUGUUAGCUUAGCAGUUCAGUUUUUGUUGUUUGUUUUAAAUGGUGCUAGAGACAGACUCUGGUGCGUUGUGCAUGCUAAGUCUGUGCUUUACCGCCAGGUUCCACCCAGUUCCAUAUACAUACAUACACGCACAUAUACAUACACACAUAAAUAUGUCAAAGAAGGAAGAGUCUAUUAGUUUCUAUUCUGUUUUAUUAUCUAAAGAUAAUAUUUAUUUAACUAGGUCAAUAAGUUAUAAACAUUCGUAGGCCUUUUGUUUCUGGGGGGCUCUUUGUUUAUUUUUCUUCUAGUCAUUAGCUUGCAGGGAAAUGAUGAUGCCCUUGUCCUUGGGCCCAAGUACUGACCUGAUUCAUCAGUGGGAGCAUUAGUGCAUUGUGCCUGUAAUGUCUGAGAUCUAAGUCAUAGCAAGCUAGAGAAGGUAUAGACAUCCCUUUAAUUAAAAAUAGCCAGUUAAAGUUUCUGACUGUGCAGUAAGGCAAGGAAGCCAUGUUCCAGCUCUGCCGCUGCCCUGCCCAACCUAGGUAGGUUGAGUCCCAGGGCCGUGCUCUGUAAACAUGGCCAUCCAGCCAACCCGGGAGAAACUUAAAGACCAGCUCUGAGUUAGAAUAGUUUUUUAAAUAAUAUACAGCACCUUUAUACAUUGAGCUGCAAUCUGAAUUUUUGAUCGUUAAAUACUUUGUGCAGUGUAAAUAGAUUAAAUGUAUUAAACAUUUUAUAUAAUUAAAAAUAAAGAAU